GCGGGAAGACAAACAGGUCCACAUGUAUAAAGAGAUCAUCCCAGAGCUGUGGGACACGAGACGGCGGAGCAUCGUGCCGAAACUCUCUUUGGGAUUCAGGAUUUAAGGCCGCGUUGGACUUUGUCUUUCGGGAUUUUUUUUUCCGUGUGUCUGCAAAACAGCAGAGAACCUCAGAGGAGAAUCAUGCAGGUACCCUCGGCGCGGCGCUUCUUGGCUGUGUAUCUGACGCUGUUUGGAUACCUUGGAGACGUUUACGCGGCGACGGUCCCGAUAAACCCCAACGCCAUCAAAAACCUACCCGGUGCUUCGGGUGCCAAGGGCUCGGACACGGUCAGUCCGAGUCCGAGGACCUCUCCCUCCGGUAGCUCGGGCCACAAAUCACCGGUAGACACCUUGCAGCAGUGGAGCGUCUGCGCGGAUGAUGAAGACUGCGGAGGUGACGAAUUCUGCAACGACGUCCGAAGCGCCUGCCAGCCGUGCCGUAAGAACCGGAAGCGUUGCACAAGGGACUCCAUGUGUUGCGUCGGGAACCGGUGCAGUAACGGUGUUUGUCAGGCAAAUGACAUCGACGGCACAGAUGCAUCCAUCGCAACCGGCUUGCAAAAGCACAACGCCACGUUGGAGCAUCACGCCAAGAAGCCGCCCACCGGCCACAGCCACCAGCCCCAAGCCGUGAAAGGUCAGGAAGGGGACACUUGUCUGAGAUCCGCGGACUGCUCCGAGGGCCUGUGCUGCGCCAGACACUUCUGGUCUCGCAUCUGUAAGCCUGUGCUGACAGAGGGCCAGGUGUGCACCCGCCACCGCAGGAAAGGCACCCACGGCCUGGAGCUGUUCCAGCGCUGCGACUGCGGCGACGGCCUGACCUGCCGACCAGACAAAGGAGAGCGGGAGCAGGGCGUCAGCAGGACUGCAGCCCGGAACCUACACACCUGUCAGAGACGCUGAUACCAAUGCUUGGACGCGCGCACACACACACACACACACACGCAUGCCCACACAGAGACACACACUCAGCAAACCCUGAAAUCAGUCACAGUCACUGAUAAACACUUGCGUACGCCAAAGAUGCUGACACCCACACACACAGAAGACACCCAACACCUAAGACACUCUUUCCUGCCAAAGUUGCUGAUACAAACACAUCGCCCGGAAGGAUACACACGGUUCUUGGAAAAGUGAUACACCCACAGGGAUGCAGCAGUGCAAGACGGACUGAUCCAAUGUCUCAGCAAACGAGGAGUCAGAACCUAGAAAGUGACAUUUCAGAAGUCUUGGGAAGAUUGAUUUAUGUCAUUGGCAAUGGCAGAUCUGUUUUGUUUCUCUUUUUAUGGAACUUCAAGCCUCAGUUAUUGCAGUAAAUUACUGUAUUGUAAAUAUUAUCCUGGAGGUGGCACUUAAUUGGGCUAUUCAAUUCUGUCAACACCAGUAUUAUUAAGACAUGGUGCUGCAUGCAUUGUAAAUGUGUUAUAUAUUGUUUUAUAAGAAAAUGUUAUAUAUAGAAAUUUGAAUAUAUUUGUUUUAUUAAACAUCGUGUGAUAUCCUUA